AUGGUGCGGAUUCCUGGAUCAGAGCACUGGAUGGUGAAGCGGGCUCUGGAUUGUGGUGCUCAUGCCAUCAUGGUACCAAUGUGUGAAACUAGGGAGCAAGCAGAGGCAAUCGUACGCGCAUGCAAGUACCCUUCGACUCGAUGGCCCACGGGUCUUCGCGGAGCUGGAGCAAUGUAUGCUCCUGCAGCUUUCAACCAGAACGGAAGAGAAUAUCUACUUAGUGCCAACGAUAACGUUAUGGUUUGUGUGCAGAUCGAGAGCCGGAAAGCUGUGGAGAAUGUUGAAGAGAUUGCUGCAGUAGAUGGCAUUGACAUGCUAUUUAUUGGUCCGAACGAUCUUGCUUCGUCAAUGGGAUACGUGGCUUUCGACCAUGGUUCAAUUCCGGAAGUACAAGAAGCGUCAGCAAGAGUGCUGAAGGCUGGAAUAGAUGCUGGCAAAUACGUUGGGCACUUCGCAUUGAGCGCAGAUGCGGCAGCCCAAAAAUACAAACAGGGUUUCCAUUUCGUUAACUGUGGAGCUGACAUUGUUGCCAUAACAGCGUGGAUGGCAGGUGAGAUGGGCAAGUUGAAGACGCUUGUUGCAGAAAACCAGAAAUUAGCCGCAACGACAAACGGUGAAAAGAAGGUCGACAUUGGAUACCAUUAG